GAAACGGCCCCCAGUUUGAAAGCCGGUAAUUAGUGACGUGCCUUCCCAACGAGGAGAGCAGUCGCUGCUGGGAGAGCAGCCCGGUGGCAGAUGAACAGGGGCUCCGUCAAACCACCGGGGCGAUGAGGAGAGGAGAGGACGGACGACAGAAAGCCUUCUGCCGCAGAGGAAACCCAGAUUAGGCUGAUCUGACAAACAGCUCUACCGGCAUCCCCGGCCGGUGCGUGCACACCGCGUCACCUAUCCUGCGACUCCCCCCUCGGCCCACCCACCUCGACCACCCCCCAGGUUGUGCGGUGACUUGGUGGUGUAGGGUGGAGCUGGACGCACGGACAGCCGGCAGGAUAACAUCUUGGUCUGGAUAGAUGAUCUCCGUCAUCACCGGGUCGGUCCCCCCGUUCCCCCUGUUUAGCGGAUGAGCGAACCCCGGGGAAAAGGGCGCCCCUGUGACCGGAGGAGGGUUGGAUUCUCCCCGGCUGGUGACCUCCUGCUCCGGGGGACAAAUCCUCCCACCACCCGGCGUCCCCUCUCCUCCAGCAGACCGACAGCAACGGAGCCCACCGAUGCGUCCGGCAGCCCCUGAUGCUCGUCAGUGCUCCGGGGCUUUCCGGUCGGUGGGAGAGGCUCGAGCCGCGGCCGCGCGCUAGGAUGCUGCGCCAGGUGUUGCACGCGGGCCUGAGGACCUCCUUCCACGCGCUCGGCCGGUUCGUGGCGAGCCACCCGGUGUUCUUCGCCUCGGCGCCCGUGCUCCUCUCCAUCCUGCUGGGCGCCAGCUUCAGCCGGUACCGGGUGGAGGAGGACGUGGAGAGCCUGCUGGCGCCAAAGCACAGCCUGGCCAAGAUAGAGGGCAACCUGGUGGACAGCCUGUUCCCCGUGAACCGGUCCAAGCACGCGCUCUACUCCGACCUGCAAACACCGGGCCGCUACGGGCGCGUGAUCGUCACCACCCGAAAGGGGAGCGUGCUGGACCUGGCCCAUCUGGACACCAUACUAAAGCUGCACAAGCGGAUCUACCAGAUGCAGGUGAUGGUCCCGGCCACAGGUGUCAACAGCUUCAACUACUCCUUCUCCUACCUCUGUCUCCCCGACGACAAGAACGUCUGCAUCAUCGAUGACAUCAUCCGCGCCAUGGAGGAGAUCCAGUCAGCGCGCACCUCCAACCGAUCCGUCCCAGUCCUGCGGUACCCGAUCACGCAGCUGGCAGACGGGCGGCAGGCGUACAUCGGACACCAGCUGGGCGGCGUGCAGGGCUGGGGUCCCAGCGGGGCGGUGCGAGGUCAGGGGACAGGGGCCAGGGGAGAAGGUGUACGGUCUGCGAGGGCGUUGCAGCUCACCUACUACCUCCAAGCCCGCGGUGACCUAAUGGAUCGGGUGGCCAGCCAAUGGGAAAAGACCUUCUGUGCAGAGUUACAGCACUUUGCAGCGCUACACCCUAAACUGGGGUUAUACCCGUCUACUUCCUCUUCUCUGAGGACAGACUUCCAGUUCUCCUCUGUGCUGGCACGCCGCCCCCUGUUGGCCAGCUUGGGGGCGUGUGGCGUGCUGGCCGUCCUCUGCUGCUCUAUGAGGGACUGUGUGAGGUCUAAACCUUGGUUGGGACUUUUGGCCCUGCUGUCAAUCACGCUGUCAGGCCUCACUGCUGCUGGGAUUCUCAACCUGACCGGGGCCACCUACAACUCUACGUACCUGGGCAUCCCUUUCGUAAUGCUUGGCCACGGGCUCUUCGGCUCCUUCGAGAUGCUGUCAUCGUGGAGGCGAACCCGGGAGGACCAGCAUGUGAAGGAGCGCGUGGCGAGCGUCUUCGAGGACGUCAUGCUGCGUUUCUCCGGCUCCACCAUGCUCCACCUGAUGACCCUGGGCCUCGCCGCCUCGCCGCUCACCAACAUGGAGGCUGUCCGUCUCUUCUGCCGCACCGCCGCCUUGGCCGUCACCAUCAGUUACGUUUACAUGUUGUCCUUCUACAGUUCCUGCCUGGUGUUCACCGGAUACCUGGAGACCGGCUACAGGCACGGCUGCUUCUGCAGGCGAGUCCCCAAACCGGACCGGCUGGACUCUAAACCGGCCUGGUACAGGUGUCUCAUGUACACCCGCUACCAGGACGAGGCUCAGACGACCAACCCGCCACACGUGGUCGACCACGCUCACGACCACGCUCACGACCACGCUCACGAUCAUGCUCACGAUCACACGCCGAACUCCAAUCUAACUCACACGCAUGCACACACACACCCGCACCCGCACCCACACACGGCGAACAACCCUACGGUCACGCAUGGACACGGCCAUGAGGCUAACUCCACACACACACAUCCACAUCCACACCCACACCCACACCCACACACACAUUCCAGUGCGAGCACGGACCCUAAUCCUCAGGACUCUCACCUUUUGCUGGGGUGUGUGAGGCGCUGCUAUGGAGACUGGAUCACUAACACCUACGUCAAACCCUUUGUGGUUCUGCUCUAUCUGGUUUACAUCUCCUUUGGACUGAUGGGCUUCCUGCAGGUGACCCAGGGUUCUGACCCCAGUGCACUGGUUGCAAUGGAUACAGCGACAGUAUUGUACACCCGCGCCCAGCAGCGUUACUUCAGCUCGUACUCCCCCGUCAUUGGAUUUUACAUCUAUGAAAGCGCCCCCUACUGGAACGACUCGGUGCAGCGGGACCUGCUGGAAUACGCCAAAGGCUUCCAGCGAAUCAGCUGGCUGGAGGCUUAUCUGAACUACCUGUCAGAUCGCAACCAGUCCACCAGCCAGCCGCGGGAAAACUUCACCCACACGCUCCGCCACUCUUUCCUCCGCGAGCCGCAGUUCGCCCACUUCGCCGACGACAUCAUAUUCGCAGAGCGGGGUCAGGGCGAGGAGCCGGACGUUGCGGCGUCCAGAAUCUUCUUGGUGGCCAAGACGACGGAGAACAAGCGCGAGGAGAUGUCAGUGCUGCUGGACACGCUGCGGCGCCUGUCACUGACCUCACGUGUCCGCUUCCUGAUCUUUAACCCCUCCUUCGUCUACCUGGACCGCUACGCUGCAGCGGUCAGCUCCCCCCUCAGACACUCACUGCUGGCGGUGCUCUUCCUGUUGGGUCUGUCCUCGCUGGCCGUCGUGGAGCCGCUGGUGUCCGUGUGGCUCGGCCUCACCCUGCUCUCCGUGCAGUUCGGGGUGCUGGGCUUCAUGACCUUGUGGGGCGUGGAGCUGGACUGCAUGUCUGUGUUGUGUCUGAUCUCCGCCUUGGGGCACUCCGCGGACUGCAGCGGCCCCCUCCUCUGCGGGUUCGCCUCGGGUCGGGGCGACAGCAGGACUCGCUGGGUGAGAGUGGCGCUGGAGAGACACGGCGUCCCCUCUCUACAGACGCUCAUCUGCUACGGCGCCGCCCUGGUGCCCGUCGGCUCCGUACGCUCCAACCUCACACGCACACUGUUCCGCUGCCUCACCCUCACGGCCGGCUGCUCGGCCCUGCACACGCUUGCGUUCCUGCCCACCCUCCUCACCUUCCUGCCCCCCUCCAAGAGCCGGGGACACCGGCCCGACGGGGAGGGGCAGAGACAGGAGGUGGAGUGCGUCGAGAUGAACGACAGCACUCGAGUGGUCGACCAGAUCACCACCGUCUGAGCAUGGGAUGAUGUUGUACUUUUUUUUUCAAGUGGUUGGUUGCAGUCUGAGCAGCCGUUAAUGCAUGCUGCAGACAAGAGCGCCGAUCCUCGUGACGAGCGGAAGAAAAGGCGAGAGGAGGAAAAACAGAGGGUCAAGAGGAAACGGUAACGGUUUGAGAGUGGGAGGCUAGGAAGAGACAGGUUUCCAAUGCAGUGUAUCCAUGGUUACCUGCUUGUUGCUAGUGCUGUGUGGCAUGUGAAUGAGCUCUUUCCCCAGAACAGCCAAUCAGGAGUCGAGGAUCAGCUGAGGUCACGGCCCCGGCUGUGACGUUCUCACAGAGGAAGUGCCACAUUUUUUUUCACGUGUCCAAAAGUUGCUUUAGAUCUGAUCACACUGUUUGGCUACCGCUAUCUGUUCGCCAUAUCAAGUUGCACAAAAACAGCUACAAUGACAUGAGGCAAUCAUCUGUAUGACUCGAGUAUUUCUACUUUAAUGCUGGACAAAUAAAGUCAGAUCAAGAAAA